GAGAAGCCUCCUCGCUUCCACGGUCUUUGGGCUUUGAUGAUUUCACCCUUUUUGAGCUUGAAGAGGAAGGGAACUUUGUUUUUAGGGAAGACGAUUAUAUGUUGAUGAUGUGUGUGAUGAUGGUGAUGAGUCUUUUGACUGGAGAAAGCGAUCCAGUAAAGCAAAAAGAGAAAGAAGAAAAGAUGUCACCAUUAGGGGCCGUUGUUGCUUGCGAUUGUCAAUGAGAGAAAAAACUUGGGUUUUUAUGCUUCUUCCCUUCUUUUCUUUUGUUUUCUCUCUUUUCACGCAUCUCAUGAGCAGGGGAUUUGAUUUGCCUUGAGGACUGGUUGUUGUCUUAGUGGUUACAGAAUUUUUAAGGAAGGGGGUGGGGAGGUCUAAGGUUUUUGUUUUUUCAUAAACAUCUUCUUCUUCUUCUUUUUCCUUCCUUCUUGAAAAGGUCUGCAAUAAUGCCAAUGUUACAACUUCCUGCUUGGAUAAGAGAUGGGGAUGUGACAUUGGAGGUGGGUGGCGGUGUUCAUGUUCUAGAUCUGGACACUGCAGUCAAAGAUGGGAUUUUGGGUGGGGGAGGUGGGGUUUGUGGUGGUGGUGGUGAGAAAUUGGAUUUGAAGAAGAUGAUUGAAGAGCUGGAUUUGUCCGACGUCCCCUCGGUCUUCAUCUGCCCCAUCUCUCUUGAGCCUAUGCAGGACCCUGUGACCCUUUGCACCGGUCAGACUUAUGAGAGAUCCAACAUUCUCAAAUGGUUCUCCUUGGGACACUUCACCUGUCCCACUACGAUGCAAGAGCUUUGGGACGACUCUGUCACUCCCAACAAGACACUCCACCAUCUUAUCUAUUGCUGGUUCUCUCAGAAGUACUUGCUUAUGAAGAAGAGAUCUGAGGAUGUUCAGGGCCGGGCGUCGGAGCUCUUGGAGACUCUGAAGAAGGUGAAGGGUCAGGCCAGGGUUCAAGCCCUUAGGGAGCUCCAACAGGUUGUGUCAGCCCAUGCCUCCGCCAAGAAGACUGUGGUGGACAAAGGUGGUGUCAACCUGAUCUCCUCUCUGCUUGGUCCUUUCACUUCCCACGCCGUUGGGUCUGAAGCCAUUGGGAUUCUGGUGAACUUGAAUCUGGAUUCUGAGUCGAAGACGAAUCUGAUGCAACCGGCGAAGAUCUCCUUGAUGGUGGACAUGUUGAAUGAGGGUUCCAUUGAGACCAAGAUAAAUUGUACCAGGCUGAUUGGGAUGUUGAUGGACGACAAGGAUUUCCGAUCCGAAAUUGUCUCCAGCUUUAGCCUCUUGGUUGGAUUGUUAAGGCUGGUCAGGGACAAGAGAUACCCAAAUGGGAUCUCAGCUGGGCUUAGCCUCCUCAGAACGAUAUGUUCGCAUAAACAAGUCAGGCACUUGGUAGUGAGUGUUGGGUCAGUUCCUCAAUUGGUUGAGCUAUUACCCGCAUUAAAUCCCGAUUGCCUGGAAUCAGCCCUUUCCAUCUUGGAUGUUCUAGCCACUCUACCAGAGGGAAAGUUGGCCUUGAAGGAUUGCCCAUGUACAAUCCCGAAUGUGGUGAAGCUCUUGAUGAGGGUCUCUGAGAGUUGUACGCAGUAUGCAUUAUCAAUCUUGUGGACAGUCUGCAAGCUUGCCCCCGAGGAGUGUGGUUCACUUGCUGUGGAGGCUGGUCUGGCGGCAAAGCUUCUUCUGGUCAUCCAAAGUGGUUGCAAUCCUGCCCUGAAGCAACGUUCAGCAGAGCUAUUGAAGCUGUGUAGUCUAAAUUACACAGCUACCGUCUUCAUUUCCAAGUGCAAACUUACCAGGACGAUACAUUGAAGAAAAAAUGUUACUGGGUUACAUACAUUCGGUGGUCUCCUGUGCUUUUGGGCUGUUAAGAAGGUGGAGAACUUGUCUGAUUUGAGGGGAGUGAUAGCCCAGAAAGGAAACGAGAUAACCCGAACUUGGCAGUGGUCAAUGAUCAAGGAGGGGAGGCUCCGAGCCUGAGGUACUUCACUUUGGCUUUGCUCCCUGUGUAUAGUAAAGAUCCUGUAAAUUGUAAUUCUCUCAAGUUGAUUUCACAUAUGUGAAGAAACAUCAUAAUGCGGUUUACGGGCC